AUGGAGCAAGGCAGCAGCCACUUGGAGGACUCCCCUCUCAACGUGUUUUCCGUCACUCCUUACACACCCAGCACCGCUGACAUCCAGGUGUCCGAUGAUGACAAGGCAGGGGCCACGUUGCUCUUCUCAGGCAUCUUCCUGGGACUGGUGGGGAUCACGUUCACCGUCAUGGGCUGGAUCAAAUACCAAGGUGUCUCCCACUUUGAAUGGACCCAGCUUCUUGGGCCCAUCCUGCUGUCAGUCGGGGUGACAUUCAUCCUGAUUGCUGUGUGCAAGUUCAAAAUGCUCUCCUGCCAGGUGUGCAAGGAAAGUGAGGAAAGGGUCCUGGAUUCGGAGCAGACGGCAGGAGGACAAUCAUUUGUUUUCACUGGUAUCAACCAACCCAUCACCUUUCAUGGGGCCACUGUGGUGCAGUAUAUCCCUCCUUACAGUGCUCAAGAGCCCCUUGGGAUGAACACCGCCUACCUGCAGCCAGUGGUGAACCCCUGUGGUCUCAUACCACCUGGAGGGGUGGUGAGCGCCACGCCAAGCCCUCCUCAGUACUAUACCAUAUAUCCUCCAGAGAACGCUGCAUUUGUUGGUGACCAAGACUACCCUUCCUUUGUGGCCAGUGGAAAUGACAGAUCCAGCCCUGAUGCUGACCAGCUAGAAGAGACACAGCUGGGAGACGAGGACUCCGCCUGCUUCUCUCCUCCCCCCUAUGAGGAAAUAUACUCCCUCCCUCGCCAGACUAUGACGCUGAGGGAACAGCAUUCAAGUCAUUGUUGCUGA